GCCAGUCCAUCAAUCUUUUUUAUGAGGCCCCAAACACCCUCCAUAUUUCGUCUUCCACGCACUUCCCUCUUUCUAACCCAACAACCUCACACUUCCCCAAUACUGCAGAACGAUAUCUUCAUCGAUAUCUUCUGGCCCGCCAUCGAUCACGACCCCUAAUUACGUGCAUAAGAAUCCGUUACAUUGACUGCUUUCGUGCGCCCUGCCUUUGGCCCGUUACCUGCCUCGACUUGUCCACUACUGCCAGAUUUCGAAUUUCGCGUCGUCGUGUCAGUUUUGAAGCUAUUCACACCUCGUGGUGACACUCCGUUUGUCGUCACGUUUCAACCUCUCCCAAGCACAACGCAGGUACAGCUUCGACUGCACGAUUCGAUACUUCUCGCAGGUCUCUCCCAUACGCGUCAGGGAAAAUCGGAUGCUGAAGCUCCAUCGAAAUUGAAGUCAUUAUGGCGACUUCUGAGCGGGUUCGCAACCAGGACGGGGCUCGAGGAGUUUCACCAGGCAGCUCGGCCAGUGGACUUUCGUCACCGCCACGAUCAAGUCCGGAGGCUGGAUCACCGUCUGCGCAAUUUGCCAACGAUUCUCAUGCCGGCCAGAAUAACAAUAAUGCCAUGAGCAGCAGCAUCACGGUCAAUCCGGCUGGAGGUUUGCCAAACUCGGUAGAGAAGCCGCCUCGGAAGAAGCCCGGCAGGAAACCCGGAUUUGGUGCCAACAAGCCGAAAAUCAACGCAGACAGCUCUGCAACCAACACCGAUGCCCCCAAAGUCAGAAAAACUCGCAAACCCAGAGAUCCAAAUGCACCGACUGUGAGACGAAGAAAGAAUGCAAGUCUCGAAAAUUCUACGCCAGCCGAGAUCCAACCUGCGGUGGCUCCAGGACCACCCCGCCAACCACCCUACGUCGAAGCGAGCCAGAACUUUCAUGUUCCUUCCCCAGUCGCAACUGCCUCCACGUCCCAAAAAGGCAAAAAUGAAGACAUUCCGAACUCCACCCAAAGACCUAUCCAGUCUUUCUUCAAUUCUGCACCACCGCCACCACCUCCACAACAAAUCCAACCCCAACAAUCCCAACCGCAGCAACAACAGCAGCAGCCUACCAUGCGUACCAGCGGUCAAAACUAUGAUCCUAUUCGAUCGAACUACGAUCCCGUGCGCGAGACGGUUAUUAGUCACAACCCCUACAGCAACUCACAAGGUUCUCCGAGUCAUCCACAUUCGAUGAAUCGAGCCAGUGCAUCGCCUUCAAUCUCCAGUCUGGUUGAUCCUCCAAACCAAGCUUUGGCGUCGCCGUCCAUUGCAACUCAGUCAUUCUUCAACCAGCAGCAACAGGCCAGACUGCAUCGAGAUGAGGGUCACACAUCUGUUCCACCAUCUCCUACCGUGAAUAGACUGGCUCCUGCGGUACCCAUCGAGAAUGGCCAUUCUAAGCCACCCACCCCUGCAUCGAUGCAACGCAAGAAUUCUGAGCAUAUGGCAUCUGCUCCUGGCCCAUCAACGAUCUCCAAAAAGGCUCCUGGUCCUGGAAGUACAGCCACCUCAUCGGCUGCUGCCUCACCAAAACCGCCCAAGCACAAGGAGCCAAAGGGUGAUAUCUUUCCAGCCCCACCUCCGCUUCCUGGCUCUGGCCUUAUGCAAAUUGGUGGCGGUGGACCAAAUGAUGGCACAGAAUAUAGUGCACCUACGGUUAUUCUUAAGAUUCCAAUGAAUGGAGAGGUCAACAAGUACAUCAACUUCACUCGCUUGGCCGAAGAACAAUACGGUUGGGACGCUCUUCAUCCUAGACUUGCGGCUCAGCGUGACCGACUUGCUAGAGUUGCUGCUGCAGGUGCUGCUUUGGAGCGAAAUGGCUCAAACAAAGAUAGCGGUGACGAGAUGUCACUCGAUUCAGAGGGCGAAGGUGACAAUAGCAACAUCGAGAUGGGAGGUAUGAGCGAUGGUCGCACGGGUACAGACGGUGGAGCGAAGAAGAUCCCUCGUAAGAGGAAGAUGAAAGAGGAUGAAUAUGACAAGGAUGAUGGAUUCGUCGACGAUUCUGAGCUUCUUUGGGAGGAGCAAGCUGCUGCGGCCAAUGAUGGCUUCUUUGUAUAUUCUGGCCCUCUUGUACCAGAGGGUGAGAAGCCAGCACUUGAAUCCAGAGGCGAUGGUCCUCCAAAGCGCGGCCGUGGACGUGGCAGCCGUGGUGGAUCUUCUCGAUCUUCUGGUCGUGGUGGCACUACUGCUGCUCAAGAAGCAAGAGCUAGACAAGGCCUGCCACUAUCAGGACCUGGUUCUAGAGGCGGUUCUACUACGCGAAAACCCCGAAUCACCAAGGCCGAUCGAGCUCGUAUGGAGCAAGAGAAACUUGAUAGAGAGAAGAUGGGAUCCAUGGCUUCGAUGCCUAGUAACUACGGUGGUAUGGCUCAAUUGGCCAGUGCUCCUGUUCUAGGAAGCACACCUAUGGUCUUCAAUCAAUGAGGCAUUUCCGAGAUAUACUUUGGAUUUGGGUUGUGAAAAUAUUGUUCUGUAAGACUUAUCGGCGUUUUGAGGGGAAAGACAAAUCACACAGUUUAUGCAGCCAUUGGAGCCGAGGCGCCCAAUGAAAUGUACAAAAAUAAUUGCUUUUGCUGCAUUGCGAGGAAGGGGUCCUGUACAGAUUCAGAAGCAUCAAAAUGG